AUGUGGCUUUCCAGUGACGGCACCUUCAGAUCUUGGUUGAAGCGGGUAAAGGGUGAUCAGUCCCAGUGGAAGUGGUUGCAACGCACUACAUCACGGUACUACACGGUCGACUUCAAAACGCAGAAGUUCUAUUAUUCCCAGGACCAAGUUCAGAAGAAUAUUUCGCAGCCAGUGUCAUUUCAGGAUUUGAAGGGUGCCGAAUUGCUGAAAGGUCGAGGACAAGGCAAACAAGGCGGUUGUGGUUUUCUAGUCCACACCUUUGCCCGCACAUACGAGCUCUACGCAGCUUCAGAAGCGCUUGCCGAGCGGUGGGUCGAGUCCCUGAAUGCCGCUACAAACCUGGCAUCGGGGGACAGGGAUGGCCACUACGCAGAGGCAUACUGCCUACCAGACAGGGCGGCAAGUGGCUGGACCCUGGAUCCGCAGAGCCGUGUGGGUGCUUGGCAGCUGGCAGGCGCAAGCCCGAGCCCGACAAGAAGUGGCGGCGCGGUGGCGGACGUGUUUGACGAGGCGGGGGACGAUUCCGAGGCCAGGUGCCGUGAGGCACUCUACCAGAUCCCCAAUGAUGUUCGCAGCGCUGCAGCCGAGCGGGAACCGCGGUGGGCUCAGUUGAGCUGGAGUGAGCGCCUCUCGACCGUGCAGAGCUUCGCUGGAGGAACGGGCCAUGGGAUUGCCUACCCGACCGCUGCCCAGACCUCUUCGCCACAGUCCGACGGCCUACGCCACCGUCGCCGCUUGGCGCCAUCCUGCCCGUGGGCACCUUUCGAGGAGGAGCGCCUCAGCUCAGCAGCACUCUCUGCGGUUCCACUCGCAAGCCAUGCCGGUGCAGAGAAUGCUGGCACAACGGGUGCCCUGCUGAGCAGCCGUCCUGGCAGCGAAGCGUGGGACGCAGCGAUGUUUGCAACCCCGCGCGAGGUACCGCUCGAGGUCGACGCCGCCCGCGCCGGGCCGGAGGUACAGGAGCAGUGCCGCGUUGCGCUCGUCACGAUGCCUUGUUCGAUCCGAAGCGCUGCAGCCCUGGACCGCACGAAGAGGCCUGGCCACGAUUCACGUGGGCCGAGCGGUUCUCGGCCGUCCGCAGCUACUGCUUGCAGCACGGCUUCGAGUGCGAGGACGUCCUCGGGGCACCAGCAGCUCUGCGGCAGCAGCCCGUGGCAGCACUUCGUGACGGGCGCGAUGCAGCAGGAGCGCGACAGGACCGUCGCGCCGUGCUCGGAGAGCCAGCGGCUGCAGGCCAUCUUCGCCUACAGCGACUCCCUGCAGAUGCUCGUUGGUCACCACGUGGAGGCGCUAGGACCGACGGGCAGUCAUCGAUGGCAUGCAGCAGAGAGACGUGAGGGAUGGCGAGGUUCGGCAUCGUGGCAAUGGGGGGUGGGGCAAUUGGUCGGUAGCUCCAGCACACACCUUCACCCUGGCGCUUGA